AUGGAUGCCAUUGCGGAACUAUCCUUAAAGAUGGGAGAACGUGUUAGAGACUUGGAGAACACAGCAAGCUCCUGUUGGAAUCCUACCUAUCGAAAUUUUCAAGAAGAAGAUAGGAGUUUCAAAUUGGAACUUCCUGAAUUUGAUGGCUCAAGUGAUCCGGAAAACUUCUUAGAUUGGGUUCGAAGAAUGGAAAGUGUCUUUGAUUAUAAAGACUUUGAUGAUAGGAGGAGGUGUAAGAUGGCUGUCCUUAGAUUAACAAAGCUUGUUGGGCUUUGGUAUGACAAUCUAAAAGCCAAGAGACGAAGAGAAGAGAAAGAAAAGAUCGAGUCAUGGGAGAAACUCAAGAAGAAAAUGGAGAGGCGUUGGGUACCACGUGAGUAUGAGCAAGAUCAAUAUGUCAAGCUAACUCGACUAACUCAAGGCGAUCUCAGUGUUGAUGAGUAUGUUCGUGAAUUUGAGAGGCUAGGCUUGAUGUGUGACUUGCAAGAGAAGGAGCCCCUCAAGAUUGCUCGUUUCACUAAAGGGCUGUCCAAACCCAUCUCUCACAAGGUAGAUCUUAUGAGCUUUUCUACUUUUGAUGAAGUUGUGAUAGUAGCUAGGAAGGUGGAAGCACAAGUGAAACAGGAGAAGCCUAAGGCGAACAUAAGUGGCGUCAAGACUCCAUAUAAACCAUACAUACCUUUUAGGAAGAGAUUCAAGAGGACUUGUUCCAAGUGCCAAGAACGUGGGCAUAUUGCUAGUGAAUGCCCAAAAAGGAAUAUUCUCACAAUUCACCCGAGUGAGGAGGAUUCUUACGGCUAUGAAUCUGAAAGUAACAAUGAAGAUGUUGAGGAGUAUGAUGCGGAGGAGAAUGACAACCCUCUUUGUGGAGUUGUUAGGAGAGUCUUAAAUUCCGAACCUCUCAAAGACAUGCAGCAACGAGAGAACCUUUUCCAUACAAGGUGCAAGGUUCUUGAUAAGACAUGUGAUGUGAUUGUUGAUGGAGGAUCAUGCACGGAUGUGGCAUCCACAGAACUUGUCAGUAAGCUUAAGCUUCCUCUUCGAAAUCAUGCUAAGCCUUACAAAUUGAAUUGGUUGAAUAAUGAAACUGGUUUGAAGGUCAAGAGACAAGCUUUAGUUUCAUUUACAAUUGGCAAUUAUCAUGAUGAACGUUGGUGUGAUGUAUUGCCUAUGAGUGCAUGUCAUAUUUUGCUUGGUCGACCAUGGCAAUUUGAUAGAAAUGCUGUACAUGAUGGUGUUUCUAAUAUAUAUACGGUUGAACCUAUGGUGGAAAGGAGACCUAAUUUUCUGAUUUCGAGGAAAGACUUCAAAAAAGAGUGUGCAAUGGAGGGAGGAGGGUUUGUACUUCUUGUUAAACCCAUUUCUAAUGUUGUUUCUUAUGCCACUAACUCUUUGUCUUUGAGUCAUUUGCUUGAAGAAUUUUCUGAUGUAUUUCCUAGUGAUUUACCGAAAGGACUGCCACCUUUUCGUGGGAUUGAGCAUGCAAUUGACUUAAUCCCGAGAGCCCCAUUGCCUAACAAAGCAGCCUAUCGUUGCAAUCCCGAGCAAGCUAAAGAGUUGCAAAGGCAAGUGGAAGAACUAAUGGAGAAAGGUUAUGUGCGUGAGAGCCUUAGUCCAUGUGCUGUUCCGGCUCUUUUAGUGCCUAAGAAAGAAGGAACAUGGAGAAUGUGUAUUGAUAGUCGUGCAAUCAAUAACAUAACUAUCAAAUAUAGAUUUCCUAUGCCUAGGCUCCAAGAUAUGUUUGAUGAAUUGAGUGGUGCCAGAAUUUUCAGCAAGAUUGAUUUGAGGAGUGGCUACCAUCAAAUGAGAAUUCGAGAAGGUGAUGAAUGGAAGACAGCUUUCAAAAUGAAACAAGGGUUAUGA